GCGGGGCGGGGCGAUGGAUAAACUGACCAUCAUCUCAGGAUGUCUCUUUCUGGCCGCCGAUAUCUUCGCCAUCGCCAGUAUCGCCAACCCGGACUGGAUCAACACCGGGGAGUCGGCGGGAGCACUCACGGUGGGCCUAGUGCGACAGUGUCAAACAAUCCAUGGACGAGACCGGACCUGCAUCCCUCCCCGGCUUCCCCCAGAAUGGGUCACCACCCUGUUUUUUAUCAUCAUGGGAAUCAUUUCCUUGACUGUCACAUGUGGUUUGCUGGUGGCUUCCCACUGGCGAAGAGAAGCUACAAAAUAUGCUCGAUGGAUAGCAUUCACUGGAAUGAUCCUUUUCUGUAUGGCUGCCCUAAUAUUUCCAAUAGGAUUUUACAUCAAUGAAGUCGGAGGUCAACCUUAUAAGUUACCCAACAACACAGUAGUUGGGUCGUCAUAUGUACUUUUUGUCUUAUCGAUUUUCUUCACAAUAGUAGGACUUCUCUUUGCUGGCAAAGUCUGUUUACCAGGCUGACGAAUGUCUAAAUGGCUUAACUUGCUUUUACUUUUAAUUUUAUUUUUUAUUUCUAGAGGUUGGGAGGACAAAAAGAAGGCGUCUGGGCAGUCCUCUCAUAGGAAGAUGCUUAGAUGAACCUGAUGCUGAAAAGGAAAAAAAAAUGUUUUGAUUUGUUCUCACUAUGCACUUUGGAUUUUAAAAAAGAAUGAGAGCCUUUUCCAUAACCAAAUACAAUAUUGACUAAAUCUCCUGAGCAUAUUCAGGCAGGCAGUCUGCACUGUGAUAGCGACCUAGUGAAGGAGAGUGCUUUAUACUGAAAGCAUGUGGCCCUUGUGACUCUGGUGAUCUGUUUUUAAUGUCUAAUGAUUCGUGGGGGGGGCCUAGUAUUUAUGAAUCAUGAUGGACCAGAGGGGUGCUGGAGGUUCGUGUGGGGCUGGCCUCACCUCCUAAGACAUUAGUGUUCUCAACUUCUUUGUCAUGUUAUGAGCCUUUGGCACUGCAAUGGAUUGCCGUUGCAUUACUGCACCGAGAAGCCAAUAGAUCAAAACUUGUUUGCUAAAAUGUAUGUAAAAAUUCUAAAACUCCCUAAUCUCUGUGUACAAAUGAAAAAAGAAAACACUAAGAAACAAGUUUGGGGUGGGUGGGGGAAAUCUUCCUUAUAUUUAUAUAAAUAUAUAUAUAAUAUAUAUAUUUUGCUGAUGCAGUAUACAGUGUGUAUAUGUGUGUGUGUGUAUGUGUGUGUACAUUUUUAUAUGCACACAUGCAAACAGUUCCUGGAAGAGAACUCUGAAUGCUUGCUAGCAAAACACUGUGGUGUGCAACCUAGAACUCAAUAGAAAAAAGCCAUUUAUCUGAAGGCUGCAUAGUGGAGAGAGUCUUCAGUUUACCUCAUUCUUUGUAGUAGCCCUUGAUUUUGACAGGUUUCUGUAAUAGGUACAAAUAACUCCAUACCUUUCUAGGUGCAAUUUUAAGUUAAGCUAAAGAUUCUUUCUAGGUUUAAUUUAUUUGUAUAUGAUAGUAAAGGUAAGGUCAUGUCAAACCUUAUAGGUUGGGGAAUCUGACACUGUUGAAUGAUUGGCAACUGUCAUCUGUUGUAUUAUAGAGAAUUGUUUUCCCCACUGGCACAGUCUUCUACAUUCAUAAUGUGUUAUAUAUGUUCAAGCACACAACUUCAUGUAAACACAAGUUCACUAGCAAAUAUCUGGCUGCUUGGCCUAUUUACAACACUAAUUCUACUCUACCAUAAAAAUGGCAUUUUAUCUAUAAGCAUUGCUAAUACAUCUUUACCAAACACUUGAGCAAUACACUAUUUCCUUUAUAUGCUUCGCACCUUUGUUUGCUUGAAAAGCUAACACCCUUGCAUUUGUUUCUAAGGCUGCAUUAAAUCCACGGCCUUAAGGGUUUUUCUAGAAGCAACAGUACAGCUUACCCUGAAUUCAUGAAUAUUUUAAAACACAGUCCGUUCUUCUCCACAUGUCCAUGUCUGUCAACACCUAGAUUUUUCCUGGUGAACAUUAUCUAAUGCCGUUUGAAGUUUGUCACAAGGAGGGUGUUUCAUGGCAGUGGAGCCGAGUUUGUCCUCUCUAUAGUGAAUGGCAGUCUAGAUGUUCCUGUUGGUGAACAGAACAGAGCCGCACGCAGCCCGGGCUUCAUACAAGCCAGAGUGAUUUCUAAGAAGCUUGAUUAUUCCUCAGAAUAGUUUCUCAGAGGUGGAGUUGCCUCCUCAGAGACAGUCCAAAACGGAGCUUCUUCAUUUCCUUCCCGCCAGCUUGUUCUCCUGUCUCACAGUAUUAAGUUAUGGAUGAAAAGCCAGUGUUUGGGCUCACCCAGGAAGCCUGGAGGAGACCCUUCUGUGUGAAGCCUGUAAAUGAGAGGAAGGACACUUCACCAAGUAUUACAUCCAGUCAGUUCUGAGGCCACCACUAGACAUGUUUGUUGUGUGCACACUGUGGAUUGUGCUCUGAUGAUCCCUCAGUCAGAUGGGUCACUUUGAAGGAAAGCAUUGGUAGUUGGCAUUAUACCACUGAUAUGAAGUAUUAGCAACAUACAGUUCAAAUUAACUGACAUGACCAAGAGCUUUUCUCUUUCAAAAGAUGGGUUUUAUUGUAAAUAGUUUCUCAAGAUAUUUUUAACUGGAUCAUGAGCAUGGGGAGAGAAAGUUUCUCAGCUGCUAUGAAUCCCCGCUGUUUACUCCUCUCACAGUGGGAUUGCAGUUAAGAUCAUGAAAUUUUAGGUUUUAUUUGUAUCUAUUACCCAAACCAUUAAAUUGUCUUUAAUUUUAUCAUUGUCUUGGAGGACCAGUGCAUGACGAGCUGGUGGGGGAACAUUUCUCUAGCCACUCAGCGCUCUAACCCAGGAUUAGACCAUCCCAUCUAGUAGUGUGAGAAGUCCCGUCCUUGUAAACUCUCCCAGACCAAAUGUUGCUGAAGUGGGCUCAUCCGUAUAAUCUGUCCUCUAAGUGGAAGGACGCCCAGCUGCCAGCAGCUGCUUUCAAAAGGUCACUAUGAGUACUACAUAGCACAGUAUUAAUUUAUAGCAGGAGUCAUAUCUUGUAAAAUGUAUAUAAAACACUUAUGGUGCAAUCAUUUGUCAAAUUUUUGUCUGUUACAUUGUCUUAGAGUGUACGCUCUUCUCAUGCCUAAGAGUAUCACUGUAAAAUCUGCUGAAAACUAUUUUUAGGUUUUAUUUGCACAAGACUGAAUUAGUUUGAGUUUUGGGGAAGCUCCUAUUGAACAAACCUAAACAUCUGUAAGAUAAAAAUCUCCAAUUCAUUAAAAGCAAACAUUUCAGUACAAUCCUUUCCAAAGGUAACCCAUGUUCUGUGUUGUUCGUGUGUGGGUGUGACGUUGCCGACUCUUCAUCUCUCACAAACCUAGUUUCUGUUCCAUCUGUUUUGUUUUUGAAGGAUGCCUUUUUUUUCCUUUGUAAUGUUCUAGAUGACCAAAACACAUUGGUUUUUAUCCUUUUGCCUACAGCUUUGAUUUCUCUGUGUGGUGUUCUGUGAGUUCACUGUUUAAUCUCUUCGGUGAAACAGCAGAUAGCCCUGGUGACAGGCAAUCUAUUGAUUUAGAAGAAAGGUCCUGAAAAGGUGUGGAAACUAACUUUGGAUCUAUUCUUAGCUAUGAUUUUGCAUCAUGGGCUUCGUUAGAAGAACGUGUUGCAUUUAUUUUGUCUUUAUUAAAAGACUACUAGUCACCGGUUACUCUGGUUACAGUAACUGUUUUAUCAACCCACUUUGAUUUUCUUUUAAAUUUUCACUCACAAGUCAAAACAGUAAGCUUUCAGAAAAAUUUUGAAGGAUAAAAAUAUAUGAAGGAAAAAGGUGGUCUGUGUAGAAUUACCUACACAGAGAUUUUAGUUGUAUUGCCUUGAGAGGUUUUAGUUUGUGGUCAAGAUCUGUAUAUUAUCCCAACUUUAUUGAGAAUUGUUUUCUAAUUGGUUAUAACAUUUUUUCAAUUAAUAGUUUGAAAACAAAUUGUUAAUACGACUGUAUAAAGUGAACAUAAUUUUCUUCACUUGUAUUUUUGUUAUUGAGCAAGUUUAUCAAAAUAAAUUGUCUACUAAAGAAACUAAAAAGGCUUCUAUUACUUUUAAUAAGCUUUGAUUUUAAAUGUUUACUCCUAGGGAUGUAGCUCUCCCAGGCCAUGUGUUCAAUCCCCAGCACUGAAUAAACCAGGUGUCAUGGUACUUGCCUGUAAUUCUAGUGCCCAGGAAGUAGAGGCAUGAGGAUCAG